UUGAGAAAGCAAAGUCUUUCUCAGGGAAUCAACCUUUUGCAGCCAAAUAUUGAACUCUUGUUGGUCAGUCGUCCUUUCCUUUUUCUUUCCUAGUUUCUUCAAUUUGUUUGAAGCUGAAGAAAAGAAAAGAAAAGAAAUGUGGAAGCUUAAGCUUUCUCAAGGGAAUGAACCCUGGCUUAAAAGCGUGAACAAUCAUAUCGGAAGACAGUAUUGGGAGUUCGAUCCGAAUCUUGGUACGCCAGAAGAGCGAGCUCGAGUCGAAAAGGCUCGGAAUGAGUUCACCAAGAAUCGGUUUCAAACCAAGCAAAGCUCUGAUAUGCUAAUGAGAUUUCAGUUUGCAAGGGAGAAUAAUCCAGCAGGAGAAAGGAAGCUUCCAGACAAGGUCAACGUGAAAACCAGCCAAGAAGUAAGUGAGGAAAUGGUGAGGACCACAUUAAGAAGGGCUCUGAGACUCUAUUCAACGUUGCAAUGCGAGGAUGGGUUCUGGCCUGGUGACUAUGGUGGCCCCUUGUUCCUGCUACCUGGCUUGGUAAUUGGGUUGUAUGUAACAGGAGCAUUAGAGAUAAUUUUGCCCACCCACCAUCGACAGGAGAUACGACGCUAUCUAUACAACCAUCAGAACAAAGAUGGAGGUUGGGGAUUACACAUAGAAGGGGAGAGCACCAUGUUUGGCACCGCACUCUCGUACGUCACUCUGAGAUUGCUGGGAGAAACAAAGGAUGGAGGAGCUGGUGCCAUUGCCGACGCCAGAACAUGGAUUCUUCAUCAUGGUGGACUUACCUUCGUUCCAUCAUGGGGCAAGAUGUGGCUUUCAGUGCUGGGGGUAUAUGAGUGGAGUGGCAACAACCCUUUACUGCCUGAGCUCUGGCUUCUUCCUUACUUUCUUCCCAUCCAUCCAGGUUGUGCUAUUCGUAUUUUGUUCAAAUAG